AUGGCGCGUGCCUCGAGCCCGCCUACUCUGUCCAGCGACCGGACUGGCGUUGCGACACCUCACGACGAUGACGAUGCAUCCUCCACCAUCAGCCGUUUCAGCUCACGAUCCUCCCUCGAUUCCGAAAGACCCUUGAGGCGAACGCGCCAAAGCCGCCGUGCCGCCAACACCCUACGAGCCAUCUCCUUCGUCGCCGCCCUGGUCUCCGCCCUCUGCGCCGGCUCAAUCACUGUCUUUUCCAUGUACGGCCACAUCUUCCAGGAACGCCUGCACUAUACCCAGUUCCAAGUCAACGGGCUGGCCAUCAGCAGCUCCAUCGCCCUCUACCUACCCGUCUCCCUCCUCGGUUACAUCUGCGACCGCGUCGGCACCCCGCCCCUCUCCCUUCUGGCCGCUAUACUGUUUAGCGGUGGCUACGCCGUGGCUGCAGGGACAUAUCGGAAGCUUGAGGCGGAGAACCUGGGCGGCCUGCGUGAUUAUGCUGGAAAGCGUAUUGCUGGCGGCGCCGACUGGACCUACCCCCUGAUGAUCUUCGCCUUUGUCUGUGUUGGCGUCGGGACCUGCUCCAUGUACCUUGCCGCCGUUGCGACGUGCGCAAAGAACUUCGGCAAGGGAAAACAUCGCGGAUUGGCCCUCGCUGUGCCCAUUGCUGCCUUCGGGUUGAGCGGCAUGUGGCUGAGCCAGCUUGGUAGCCAUGUCUUCUACGAGCGUCUACCCGACGGUUCCGUCGGGGACCUCGAUGUCUUCCGCUUCUUCAUCUUCCUCUCCAUUCUUCUGCUAGUUGUCGGUGUCAUCGGCACUUUCACGCUAAAGGUCGUCGACGAAGAGGACAUCAUUGAGGAGGCCGCUGAGGAGCUCGAGCGGAGCGGCCUUCUUGAACGCAGCACCUCCUUCCUCAGCGCUCGCGACCUCGAGCGUAGUAGGACAUACGGCUCCAUCUCACGCGUUGCCGAUCAAGAAGGCAGCGGGCUGCUUGGGCCGGCCGAAGACGACGCCAAACUGAUGAAAAAGAUGGUGCUCAACGCCGAGACGAGGAGCUUCCUUACCGACAAGACCAUGUGGUGCUUCGCAUUUGGUUUCCUGUUGAUGAUUGGGCCCGGAGAGGCCUUCAUCAACAACCUCGGCACGGUAAUUGGGACCCUGUAUCCCCCCACCAUGCGCUACGCCGGACAUCCGACGUCGCCCGCGACCCACGUUUCCAUUGUCGGGAUAGCGAGCACCGUCGCUCGUCUGGCCACGGGGACUUUGACGGACCUUCUCGCGCCCUCGCCGCAGACGCAGCACCUGCAGGUUUCCUCGACGCCACCCUUCCUUCGCGGCAGGCCUGCCGUCUCCCGUGUUGCCUUUCUCCUCUUCUUCGCUCUUCUCCUGUCCCUGGGCCUGGUCGCCUUGGCCUCCGGCUUCAUCCAGGAACACGGCGAACGUUUCUGGAUCGUUUCGGGCUUGAUCGGCACGGGCUACGGUGCCGUCUUCAGCCUGACGCCGAUCAUCAUCACUGUCAUCUGGGGCGUCGAGAACUUUGCGACCAACUGGGGGAUCGUCGCCAUGUUCCCCGCCCUGGGGUCGACCUUUUGGGGCCUGGUCUACUCAGCCGUGUACCAGUCGGGCGCGGAAAACUCGCCUCAGCGCGAAGGCGCCGGAGACGCCUUCUGCUACGGCAAGCAGUGCUACGCACCGACGUUCUGGGCCAUGGCCAUCACUGUGUGGGUAGCAUGCGGCAUGAUCCUCUUCGCCUGGAAGGGCAAGGGGGGGUGGGCACAGCGCGGCAUCGUCAUUUAA